AUGGUCUUCAGCGGUCGCCCAUCAACCGCAUGCCACGCAUGCCGGCCGGCACGACGCAAGUGUGAUCGCGCGCCGGAGGGAUGCUCACAAUGUCGUCGUAAAGGUCAAGAAUGCCCGGGAUAUCCCGAUCCGACGGCUCUCCGCAUGCGCAAUGAGACGACCCGCGUGACACAGAAACAAGCAUCCAAGUCCAAAGCGCUCACCAAGCAGCAGAGGCCGCCCAGACAAGAGAGCACAUCGUCCUCGCCCUCGUAUUCCGUCCAAGAAGCCGACUCGCCUUCUUCUUUACAGUCCUUCGCCAGCUUCGGAUCCUGCGCCUCCCCCUCCGCCAUCUCCGUCCCGCUGUCUCCCGACACCGAUCAGCAAUCCAUCUCCUUUCUCUUUAACACCUUCAUCUCCGCCACGCCGUUUGAACCCUACCUGGCCUCCUAUUACGCUCCGGAUAGCCCUCGCGACGACGCAUGCGCCUGGGCCAUUGACGCCACUGCCUUGGCCGCCUACGCCCGCCACUCCCGCCAGCUGCACAACCAGGAUGAGGCGGCGCGCAUAAAGUACGCCGGCGCCUUGACCCGCGUCAACGCAGCGCUCGCCGACCCCCAAGCCGCCGUCGAGGACCGCACUCUCGUAGCCGUCCUCGUCCUGGCCCUUUUCGAGGCCACCAUGUUCCAGGCCAGCAGCGCGCCCACCAGCUGGCUCGCGCACACCUGGGGCGCCAUGCAGCUGUUACUGCUCCGCGGUGCCGGCCAGGUCGCCUCGCCCGCCGCCCGCCUGCUCUUUGCCCACACCAGCAACAACGUCAAGGCGACCUGCAUCCAGCGUUCCAUUGCCAUCCCGCGGCACUUUCUCGCCCUGGACCAGCAGGUUCGCGGCCUGCUCGACAGCCACGACCCCGCCGUGCGGCUGGCCAACCUGCUGCACAGGGUCAGCAACAUCAAGGCCAAGUCGCGCGAGCAGGAGCCCAACCUGGCGCUGCUCCUGGAAGCCAUCGAGGUGGACCAAGAAAUUGUCCAGCUCUGCGACAACCCGCCAUCCAGUCUUGGCUACACGCGGGAGCCGCUGGCCUGCGGGCCUGCCUGGACAUAUAAGCGCAUCGUGCACACGUAUCCGAACCUGCGCCUCUGCAAGGUCUGGAACUCAGUGCGCCUGUUGCGUAUUCUUCUUCUUAGCUUCCUCGGCGAUGAUAUUGCGCACUUUCGUCUCGACGAGAUCCAUGCCGACCCGCAAACGCUGUCGGGCUUAAACGAGUACGCGAGGAAGCACAUGGCCGAGGUGGCGGCCGAUGUCCUGGCCACUAUUCCGAGCUUCGUACAUGAGGAAAACUCGGUCAAGACGUUUUACUCGCCUGGACGGUGCCUCGGUUGGCCACUGGGCAUUCUGGAAAUGAGCUCGGCGAUUGACCCAGAACGGCAUCCAGGAAGCAGGGAAGACUGGCUUCAUUUAUUUCAUUUUGGCUGA